AUGCCGAUAAAAAAGAUUUAUGACGAAGAAAUCUUUAAAGCCAAAUUUGAUCAAGAGACUCUUGCAUGUGUUCCACUUGCUGAGCAGAUCCAACCUGGAUUGAAUCAGGCUCAGCGAAAACUCACUCCAGUAUUACCUACAACUAUUUCAUUCGAUAUUCCUGAUGGUUAUCAUAACACCACGUCUGGUGAAACCUUUUUAAUUUCUGACAAAUUAUUUUCUCGAAAGAAACGAAUGCUAGCGUUUGGCAGUCCUAGACAACUUCAGCUGUUAUUCGAGAGUUCAAUGAUUUUUCUUGACGGAACGUUUCUCUCGACUCCGCCUUUUUUUGAACAAGUUUUCACCAUUCAUGGAUUGAAAUUCGAUUGUGAAUUAAAUUCUAUCACUGUAUCUAUGGGUAUGGUAUGGAAACCUGAGCGAAUGAUGUCUGACUUUGAAGUCGGUUUAAUUCCCGCAAUAUCGACCGAGUUUCCUAAAAGUAUCCAUUCUUGUUGUUUCUUUCGUUAUCAGCAGAGUCUCUAUCGUCGCAUUCAAUCUCUCGGUUUAGCAACAGCCUAUUCAAACGAUGAAUUAGUUCGCAAUUACCGCCGCAAAUUGACGGUCUUACCGCUUUUACCUGUUGACAAAGUCGAAAGCUCAUUCUAUCAUUUACGUACAACAGUGGAUUCGACAGUGAAAAACCAACUUCGAGAUUUAUUUAUGUAUUUUGAUAAUUAUUGGAUUAAUACUAUACCAGUUCAGAUGCGGAACGUUCACAAUUGUCCCUACAGAACGAAUAAUAUUUGCGAAGCCGGUAAGCGUCGAGCAAGUUCAAAUGGUGCUAAUCGUGUUCAACAGCGAAUCGAUAAUCUGAUGGUACGCUACAACAAUAACGACAUAGAUUCUGAAGAAUUAUUAAAUAAUUUUUCUUUCCUCAUCGCAAACCGAAGAUGAACUUCGUAAUGAGCAACCCAGGUCAACAAAUCCGAUGCUGGAUCCGAUCGGAUCUUACCGGAUCCGACCAUCCGACAAAAUUCGAUCGGAUUCCUGGAAACGGAAUUGCAUUGGAAUCCGACUAGAAAAAUCCCGU